UAUUGUAAGUACGUGAACAUUAUCAGUGUAUAGAUGUUGAAUCAAUAAUUGAUUGAGUACUGUUUUCGUUAUAAUAAGGAAACUCGUGUCUUAGAAUGUAUAGUAAUUUCGUUGCAGGAUAAAUAUCCUAAACUAAUUUAUUCUUUUCAGACUCUGAGAAACACGGAUCCCACAUUCAACCACCAGCAAAUGCCACAAGGGACAAUCGUGACCUACAUCAUAGCUGUAACAGCUCCCCACAGAAUUCUGUUGCCGAGCUGGAAAUAGUUGGUACUGAAUGCAAAAUUAUCCGGUCUCCUUCAAGCUCCAAAGACAACAUAGAAAAAUCAUCUAUUAAGAGCGCAUCGCAUAUGGGCAAAUCACCAACUGCAAUUCGGAACCCGUCAAAGUUGCACCAGAUGCAGAGUACCGAAACAUUAAGAAAGACGAAAAGUUCACGUCAGAUCAAAGAACAUCCUCCUAAAGAGAAAGGACCAAGACGUGGAACGUCCGACUCAUCAGUUGCAGUUAAAGCUUUUAAACAAUGUACUUCGGGCUUAAAAGAUUCCUCUGGUACACCUGAAACUCGGAAGAAAAGAGAACAGUCAAGUAGUAGGCCGAUCGAUCGAUCUGGUGAAUCGAAGCUUCAAACGUCACCAUCUCCUAAAACUCCUACCAGCUCUAUGUCUUUAAAAGACCCCAAAGGAAGCUUAACGAAGUUUAAGUCUUCCUCACGUACAACAAGUGGGAAAUCGAGAUUGGACUUGAAUACAAAAAGCUCGCUUGACACUUCUCGUUCGGCGAACUCAAAAAUAACGACAUCGCGUGGAGAUAUAAAAAAGACUAAAAGCAAUUCCUCAACCACGUCAGCACGGCAGGAAACGCUUACUACUCCAGAAACGUCUGGGAAAAAAGAUCUGGAAGAUCUUGAGGUAUCUAAGAAUCACUGUGAAGAGCAUGGACACUCCAUGUCACGUAAACGAAGCAGCAAAUUAAAAGCGUCUGCUCAAAUGCUGGAUGAUAGAACCAAAUCUGAAUCUCCUAAGUCACAGUCUAGGAGCAACUUGAAAGCGUUCCCACAACUGCCUGAUGACAGAACUGAAUCUGCAUCUCUUAAAUCACCGUCUAGGAGUAAUUCUGAAGCUUCUCCUCACGUAUCGGAUAGCAUAAGCAAAUCUGCAUCUCCUAACUCGCAGUCUAGAGGCAGCCUGGAAGUGGCUUCUGAAGUAUCAGAUAGCAGAACCAAAUCUGAAUCUCCUAAAUCACUGUCUAGGGGCAGCUUGGAAGCGUCCCUUCAAGUACCAGAUGGAGAAACUAAAUCUGCAUCUCCUAAAUCACAGUCUAAGUGCAGCGUAGAAGCGUUCUCUCACGUGUGGGAGUCUGCAUCUCUGAAAUCAGACUCUAGGUGCAACUCGGAAGUAUCCCCUCGCCUGCCGGAUGACAGAACCAAAUCUGCAUCUCCUAAAUCACAGUCUAGGAGCAGCUUAGAAGCGUUCCCUCACGUGUGGGAUGGUAGAACUAAUUCUGCCUCUCUGAAAUCAGACUCCAGGUGCAACGCGGAAGUAUCCCCUCAGCUGUCGGAUGACAGAACCAAAUCUGCAUCUCCUAAAUCACAGUCUAGGAGCAGCUUAGAAGCGUCUCCUGAAGUGUCGCGUGACAGAAGUAAAUCUGCAUCUCCUAAAUCACACUCAAGUAACAUCUUGGAAACGUCUUCUAAACUGUCGCGUGGCAGACCUAAAUCUACUUCUCCUAAAUCACAGUCUAGGAGCAGUUUGAAAACGUCUCCCGUAUCGGAUGGCAUCACUAAAUCUGCAUCUCCUAAAUCACACAGCAGCCUGGAAGCAUCUCCUGAAGUGUCGCACGACAGAAGUAAAUCUGCAUCUCCUAAAUCACAGUCUAUGAGCAGCUUGAAAACGUCUCCCGUAUCGGAUGGCAUCACUAAAUCUGCAUCUCACAAAGCGUUCUCUCACGUGUGGGAGUCUGCAUCUCUGAAAUCAGACUCUAGGUGCAACUCGGAAGUAUCCCCUCGCCUGCCGGAUGACAGAACCAAAUCUGCAUCUCCUAAAUCACAGUCUAGGAGCAGCUUAGAAGCGUUCCCUCACGUGUGGGAUGGUAGAACUAAGUCUGCCUCUCUGAAAUCAGACUCCAGGUGCAACGCGGAAGUAUCCCCUCAGCUAUCGGAUGACAGAACCAAAUGUGCAUCUCCUAAAUCACAGUCUAGGAGCAGCUUAGAAGCGUUCCCUCACGUGUGGGAUGGGAGAACUAACUCUGCCUCUCUGAAAUCAGACUCCAGGUGCAACGCGGAAGUAUCCCCUCAGCUGUCGGAUGACAGAACCAAAUCUGCAUCUCCUAAAUCACAGUCUAGGAGCAGCUUAGAAGCGUCUCCUGAAGUGUCGCGUGACAGAAGUAAAUCUGCAUCUCCUAAAUCACACUCAAGUAACAUCUUGGAAACGUCUUCUAAACUGUCGCGUGGCAGACCUAAAUCUACUUCUCCUAAAUCACAGUCUAGGAGCAGUUUGAAAACGUCUCCCGUAUCGGAUGGCAUCACUAAAUCUGCAUCUCCUAAAUCACACAGCAGCCUGGAAGCAUCUCCUGAAGUGUCGCACGACAGAAGUAAAUCUGCAUCUCCUAAAUCACAGUCUAUGAGCAGCUUGAAAACGUCUCCCGUAUCGGAUGGCAUCACUAAAUCUGCAUCUCACAGUAGCCUGGAAGCGUCUCCUGACGCAUUAGAUGACAGAACCAAGUCUGCAUCUUCGAAAUCACAGAACAGGAGCAGCUUGGAAGCGUCGCCUCGUGUAUCGGAUGGCAGAACCAAAUCUGCAUCUUCUAAACCACAGGAUAGGAACAGCGUGGAAGCGUCUUCUCGCGUAUCGGAUAGCAGAACUAAAUCUGCAUCUUCUAAAUCACAGAACAGGAGCAGCUUGGAAGCAUCGCCUGGUGUAUCGGAUGGCAGAACCAAAUCUGCAUCUUCUAAAUCACAGAACGGGAGCAGCUUGGAAGCGUCGCCUUGUGUAUCGGAUAGCAGAACCAAAUCUGCAUCUUCCAAAUCACAGAAUAGGAACAGCGUGGAAGCGUCUAUUCGCCUAUCGGAUGACAGAACUAAAUCUGCAUCUUCUAAAUCACAGAACAGGAGCAGCUUGGAAGCGUCGCCUGGUGUAUCGGAUGGCAGAACGAAAUCUGCAUCUUCUAAAUCACAGAGCAGGAGCAGCUUGGAAGCGUCGCCAGGUGUAUCGGAUGGCAGAACCAAACCUGCAUCUUCUAAAUCACAGAACAGAAGCAGCUUGGAAGUGUCGCCUCGUGUAUCGGAUGGCAGAACCAAAUCUGCAUCUUCUAAAUCACAGAGCAGGAGCAGCUUGGAAGCGUCGCCUGGUGUAUCGGAUGGCAGAACCAAAUCUGCAUCUUCUAAAUCACAGAAUAGGAACAGCGUGGAAGCGUCUACUCGCCUAUCGGAUGGCAGAACCAAAUCUGCAUCUUCCAAAUCACAGCAUGGGAGCAGCUUGGAAGCGUCUUCUGGAGUGUCGCAUGGCAGAAAUAAAUAUGGCUCUCUUGCGUCGCGGUCCAAAAGUGAGGUAGAGGCUCGAAGCUACAACAAGAAAUCUGGCUCGUGUUCUGGAAGUGACGCCGAGACUCACAGCAGGGCCACCAAUUACAGAGCCAAAUCUGCCUCAGCUAAAUUACACACUGGCUACAGUCAAGUCCCCUUGACGAAUGUUUUAUAAAUUGUCAAUAACAAGGUGACAAUUGAAUUUCUCUCAAGUCUAGUUUUGUAU